AUGCAUGAAAAAUUUCAUGGUGAUCGCCCAGUGAAUCCGCUUAGUGAGCCUUGUGCUGUUUGUGGUGAUAAAUCAACUGGUACACAUUAUGGAGUCCUUUCGUGUAAUGGAUGUAAAGGGUUUUUCCGGCGAACAAUAUUAAAAAAUCAAAAAUUUGCAUGUCGUUUUAAUAAAAAAUGCAGAAUUGAUAAAAAUUUUCGAUGUGCGUGCCGAUAUUGUCGCUUUCAAAAAUGUUUGCAAGUUGGAAUGAAGAAGGAAGCUAUUAAUUUUGAACGUGAGUCGUUUGGUACAACGAAACGUCGUAACCAAGCACCGUCAUCAGGAGUUGAGGAAGAUAAUGAUGUAGGAACUGUGGGUCCGGAAACAUCACUCUGUGAUAGUCAGUUUAUAAAUACUACUGUCAGUUCAAGUGUCAUCGAAACUUUAAUGCAUAUGGAGGCACGGAUUAAUCAAGAAAUGGCAGCACAUUAUCGAAAUUCCGUAAUUACUUCGUCUUCUACAGUUAUCAGCAAUCUUCGUACUAAUAAAAUGGGAAAUGUAUCGUCAGCUUUUUCACAAUUGCAGAAACCUUGUAGGAUCGAUGAUUCGAACGAAUUGUCGAGAACAGAACUUGUCUUGAUGGUCGAUUGGGCCAAAGGUCUUGAACCAUUUCCCGAUUUAGUAGUGGAUGAUAAAGUGAUAUUACUGAAGAAUUAUGCACCUCAGCACUUAAUUUUAGUUCCAGCAUUCCGUUCUCAGAACACAACUCAUGUUUGUAUCUUCACUAACACUCACUUAACCCGUGCUGGAAACAUUGAAUUUAAUGGUUUGUCAGCCUUCAAAACAAGCAGCAUAAUGCCUCGUGUAAUGGACGAAAUAGUAUGGCCAAUAAAACAGCUGCAAUUAAGAGAAGAGGAAUUUGUUUGCUUGAAAGCUUUAGCUUUCUUACAUCCUGAAGCAAAAGGACUUUCUUUGUCAGCACAAACGGCUUUGCGUGAGGCGCGGAACCGAAUACUGAAAGCUUUAUAUUGCUACGUCUUGGCGGAGGUGCCUGAGGAAGCGCCAACUCGUUAUGGCAAUAUUUUGUUGCUUGCACCAGCACUUAAAGCGUUGGCACAAGUGCUGAUCGAAAAUAUGACGUUAACAAAAUUUUUUGGCUUUGCUGAAGCUGACUCAUUACUCUCAGAGUUUAUUCUCGACAGUCCGAGCGAUGAGUCCACAGCUCGGCCAUUAUUGCGUCAACGUCUUACUUCUACUUAUUCAUCCUCAUCAACCACUACAUGCUCUGAUAUUGACACUCAGCAGUGUGUGAUGACUAUUUUGUGA